AUGGACGGCCCGAAGAUUGCCGAGUAUGUUCAGAGAUUUCAUGAUCUGUCUCACGUGGUACCAUACAUGGUUACUCCUGAAUUCAAACGCCUGGAGCGUUUCAUCUGGGGGCUGGCACCUCAAAUUAUGAGUAUGGUCACAUCGUCAAAGCCUGCAACAAUUACUGAAGCUAUCGAUCUGAGCGUGUCACUGACUGAAGAAGCUAUCAGAUUAAACAAGUUUUCGAAUUCCGACCCGAAGAAGAAAAAAACUCAUGAUGAAUCCUCAGGAGAAAACAAAAGGAAGUUCUCUAAUUUUAAAAAGGGUACCAGCAGCGCCAGCAGGAAGAAGAAUGUGAACCCACCAGAGGAAGUUAAAACUGGUGCUGAAGUCAAGGGAAGAGGAUAUAUGGGUGCUCUGCCCAAGUGUGAUGUAUGCCAGCAUCAUUAUUCUGGCCAGUGCAGAUUAAGGAAAUGUGAGUCUUGUGGGAAGACUGGCCACUCAAAAGAAAUAUGUUGGGCUGGUACUGGUGCUGGUCGUGGUGGUCAGCGAGGAUAUGGAAAUGGUAAUGGAAACCGUCCGCAAGGAAAUGGCGGGAAUGGAAAUCGUGGAAAUGCUGGGAACCAAGCUGGUAACCGGGGAGCGAACAUCAAUCGAGGCGGUAAUGGUAAUGGGAAUGGUCGAGGACCAGGGUGUUUCAAUUGUGGAGAUAUGGGACACUUUAAGCGGGAAUGCCCAAAACUCAAUCAAGCACAAGGAAGAGUUUUUAAUAUCGGUGCGAGGGAAGCACGCCAAGAUCCAAAUGUCGUUACUGAGGUUGGUUCUUACAAAGAGAUUACUCAAGGUCAUUAA